UGGGUGACCGGCUUCCCUUCUGUCUAUGCUCCGCCCUUUCUCCUGACAGUGACCAUGGCGCCGGUGUACAGCAAGUACCUGAAUGCACGUAACACGUCUGUAGCUGGUGCGGCGCUCUUCCUGCUCUACCUAAUAAGCAAGCGGAGGGGAGCAAGCGGGAAGAAAAAUGGCAAGUCAUCUUUACAAAACAAUGAGAAAGAUGGAAAAAAGGAAAAAGCAGUGGUUGAUAGGGUUUUCUUUGGACGAAUUGGGCAGAUCUUGAAAAUAUUAGUGCCUAAAACUUUCUGCAAGGAGAGUGGCUAUCUACUUUUUAUAGCUGUGAUGCUCAUUGCUCGUACAUACUGUGAUGUUUGGAUGAUUCAGAAUGGUACUUUUAUUGAAAGUGCGAUCAUUGGCCGCAGCAGAAAAGAUUUUAAGAGAUACCUGUUCAACUUUAUCGCUGCCAUGCCUGCUAUCUCAUUGGUAAAUAAUUUCUUGAAAUUUGGCCUGAAUGAGUUGAAAUUAUGUUUCCGGGAAAGACUUACCAAAUACCUCUAUGACGAAUAUCUAAAAUCCUUUACCUACUACAAGAUGGGUAAUUUGGACAACAGAAUAGCAAAUGCUGAUCAAUUGCUUACACAAGAUGUUGAAAGGUUUUGUAACAGUGUGGUGGACUUGUAUUCCAAUCUGAGCAAGCCAUUUUUGGAUAUUGUCUUAUACAUUUUCAAGCUGACAAGUGCUAUCGGAGCUCAGGGGCCAGCAAGUAUGAUGGCAUACCUCCUUGUCUCAGGCCUUUUCCUUACACGCCUAAGAAGACCCAUUGGCAAGAUGACUGUUGCUGAGCAAAGAUAUGAAGGUGAAUACCGAUAUGUCAAUUCAAGGCUCAUUACCAACAGUGAAGAAAUUGCCUUUUAUAAUGGAAAUAAAAGGGAAAAAUUGACCAUCUACUCUUCCUUCCAAAAACUGGUGGAGCACUUGCAUAACUUUAUUUUGUUCCGUUUCUCCAUGGGUUUUGUAGACAGCAUUAUUGCCAAAUAUCUUGCAACUGUGGUUGGAUACCUUGUUGUUAGCCGUCCAUUCUUAGCAAUAAACCACCCACGCCAUCUGAACAGUUCACACGCUGAGCUUCUUGAAGACUACUAUCAGAGUGGAAGGAUGUUGCUACGCAUGUCCCAGGCUCUUGGCAGAAUCGUACUUGCUGGCCGUGAAAUGACUAGAUUAUCUGGUUUUACAGCAAGAAUUACAGAAUUAAUGCAAGUUCUGAAGGAUUUGAACCAAGGGAAGUAUGAACGCACUAUGGUCUCCCAACAGGACAAAGACGUAGAAGCUGUUCCAAGCAUCCCCUUAAUACCUGGAAGUGGGAAAGUUAUCAAUGCUGACAAGAUAAUUAAAUUUGAUCACGUUCCUCUAGCAACACCAAAUGGAGAUUUAUUGAUUAGAGACCUUAACUUUGAGGUGAGAUCCGGCACUAAUGUUCUAGUAUGUGGACCGAACGGAUGUGGAAAGAGCUCACUUUUCCGUGUCUUAGGAGAGUUGUGGCCUCUAUUUGGUGGCUCUCUUACCAAACCUGAGAGAGGAAAACUAUUUUAUGUACCUCAGAGACCGUAUAUGACCCUUGGGACUUUGCGGGAUCAGGUCAUUUAUCCAGACACCCAAGAAGACCAGAAACGUAAAGGAAUAUCUGAUAAGGUGCUGAAGGAAUACCUUGACAAUGUUCAGUUGGGGCAUAUUCUUGACCGUGAAGGAGGCUGGGAUAGUGUUCAAGACUGGAUGGAUGUCCUUAGUGGGGGAGAAAAACAGAGGAUGGCGAUGGCACGGUUGUUUUACCACAAACCCCAGUUUGCCAUUUUGGAUGAAUGCACUAGUGCCGUCAGUGUAGAUGUAGAAGGUUACAUCUACAACCACUGUAGGAAGGUUGGAAUAACUCUGUUCACAGUGUCACACAGAAAGUCCCUCUGGAAGCACCAUGAGUAUUACCUUCACAUGGAUGGCAGAGGCAACUACGAUUUCAAGCAGAUCACAGAAGAUACAGACGCGUUUGGAUCUUGAAUGUCUUGCUAAUAAUUGCAACGACACCAAAUCUUCCAUUAACCUGUUAAAAAAUGAUAAAUUGUAGUUUUUUUUACCAAUAUUGCCUAAUUGUAAACAAUCCAUGUUUAAUAUGUAGAACAUUGACAAUUGUGUUUACGUCUAUUUAAUUAUUAACCCUGCACUAAGAGAACCAAUGAAUGCCUCGGAGAGGUUAAGGUUUAAAUCGAUGGAUUAAUAAAGAAAUACUGUGUUGGCAGGUUAAUGUGUCCUGUUCCUACAAAAGAAGUGUCUAGGUUGCCACUAGGUUUUUCUUAGGUACCACUACUGUUGUCCUGUACCUGGAUACUGUGCUUCCUUUACUAGGCAUUUCAUGUGGCAUUAACUUAGGCCUGAGGAGAAAUCAUUCAAAACCAGAGCAAAGCAUGUCCAUUUUAGCAGCAGUAAAUAUAAAAAAAUUGUUUAUUUUAAAAUAUUCUCAGGUUCAUUUUGUACCUUCAUAUAAUAUGGAGGUACAUUUCAAACACAACUUGAUGUUUGCAGUUUCUCUCUCAUAUACCCAAACCAUGUAAUAAGACUUAAACAUAACGUGGCAUGUUUCACCAAACAAAAAAAUCUUGUUUAUCAUGUGCAGUAUCAGCUCACCGGGCCAGGCAGGACUUUGGCCUAUUCCAGAUAAAGGAAGCCUUUGGUUGCCAUUAUCCCUAAGGCAUGUCUUUUGGUCUUUUUGGCUGCACUUUUGUAUACACUGAUUCUUUUCAAGUAAUUCAGCAAAUCCAUCUCCUGUUAAUGUAAAGUGGAUAUUAAUUGGAUGGCUUUUUAUGCAACUAAUUCAGUAGUGAGCCAUUUAUUGGUUUUGGGAGCUGAUUGGAUAUAUUGUAACAUAGAAAUGUGCUACUUGAAAGCAUGCACUGAGUAUGCAAUAAAACUGUAAUUCCUUUCAAA